GUCUCACCACAGGUGUAUAUGGGAAAUGAAAUGCAAACGUGGUUUACAGAACGAUGGUGACGGGGUUCAACGUUUUUUGCCGAGCUAUUUAUGACCCGCCGCCUCACACAACAGAUGCAGACGGGACAGCAUGGAAACGCUUCUUUUCUUAUUUCCUCAAUUUAACUUCAUGGCCCAGAAGGAGGAAGCAUAUUUCAAAAGGCUUGAUCCACAACACGGGCAAGAACCAACCAUGAAGGCCGAUAGCAGCAGACAGCAAGACAAGGAGAGGACGAGCCGACCAAGUCUCACCAGGUCCGGCUCCCAUGACAAUGUCAGUCACCAGACCAAGACAACAUCCAGCAACAUCUCAGCAGAGACGGCUCUGCAAUGGAGCAACUCAUUUGAAGAAUUGAUGAAGAAUGCAGAUGGGGUGGCAACUUUCUCUCAGUUCCUCCGCACGGAGUUCAGCGAGGAAAACAUAGAGUUCUGGCUGGCGUGUGAAGAAUUCAAGACCUAUGACUCCGAGAAAAAACUGCUGUCCAAGGCCAAACAUAUUUAUACAGUUUUUAUUGAGUCGGAUGCGCCUAAAGAGGUAUUUCAUGCUAAUUUGCUGAUGGAAAAGAAUGUUUAUCUUUUGGCCUGUCACCGAGUGCUGUUGGAGGCUCAGAAUAUUCAUGACAUGGUGAUAAAAGUAUGAGGGGGAUGAAUUCCCAAUCAUGAUCGGGUCAAGAAGUCGACCUCUCUGAACGCAGCAGAAGCAGUUUGGGCAGGCAUCUCAACAAAGUACAACAACCUGCAAAAAGUAGCCAGUGAGAGAGAACUGCGGUUUAGAAGAUUUUUUUUUUUUUUCCUUUCGCAGCGCGGAUGACAAUUUGACCGCGUCUGACCGAUGAGAGCAGGCAGUUGGUUUGUGGCUGUGACUCUUCUCUGCAAAUGUGAAGAGAGCAGCACCCACACACUUUCUGAGGAGGAUGAUUGUCAGUCUAAAUAUUUUGUAGCUUCUGCAUGCGCCUGCAUCAAUGCUUUGUAGGAGAUGAAUGCACAUGCGUUACUUACUAUGGCUGCGCGAGGAGGCUUUUUCAGAUACAUAACAGACACGAUUAUUGGUGAGGUGACAAGAAAACUGUUUAUUAUAAAUCCCGAUUUAUUGUAUCUCUCCUCAGUUCUGUUUUGGGGGUUUUUCUCCGCAUUUUUAUUUUAAGAGCAAUUUAGUCGAGAUGAGACAAAAGUGCCGACUGACUGUGCUUCAAAGUGGUGAAAACGCCGACAGAGAAAUAUUUACGCUCAUGCUAUUGAGCAUUCUACAUUGAACUUUGCUUUUGUAUUUCAACCGUCAUUCAUUUUGGCAGGGGGUAAUCACUCAAUUCAAUAAAAACGAAACCAAAGAGUCUUUUCGGAAUGGGCAAUUUCUCAACACGAGUUUCAGAAUAAUAUUCCCUUUUUUUUCUGCAAAGCGCUCAAGGUGAACUUUUUCAGUGUAAAAUUGUUGUCAUGAAUAUCUUAAAAAAAAGUGUUUGAAAAGUUUUCAAGUGUAUCCAAAUUGCCUCGCUGGUGCUUGGGGAUGGUUGGGAUAAUGCAUGCCCGUUCCACGAUGUACUUGUGCUUCUUUUUUCUGUCACCUAUAUGCUACCGAAAAAUAGCAAG